AUGAAGCUGAAAGCAUUACAUGCAUUGAGUUCAUGUGCAGAUCGUUCAGUUCUGUGCGAACAGCUUUGUGUACCACUUUCGUCUGAUACUUACGAAUGUUGGUGUUGGGAUGGUCACAUAUUACUUGAUGAUGGAAUCGGUUGUGUGAGUAACGAAUCGAAAAUCGACAUUCAUUUUUCCGGUGCUCUUCAUACUUAUCUAGAAAAAACUGCUUCUUCAAAAUUACUUCCAAUCCGUUUCACUGGUAAAAACUUUGUGCAGUUUACUGCGCCCGAAAAUGCUUAUUUAGAAACAAUCAUUACGAUAGAAUUCAAACAUGUAAAUGAUGACGAUGGGAUUCUUCUUUACGCUGGAGAGUACGUGGGAAAUGAUUUCAUCUCGCUUGCAUUUAUAGGUGCUGACAUUAUAUUUAGGUUCGAUUGUGGAGAAGGAAUCGUUGAAGAAAUUUAUAAGGGACCAUUUGAAAAGCACAUUUGGCACAAAUUAAAUGUAAAACGGAAAUUUUGUGAUCGAAGUGAAAUGAAUGUUGACAAUGGCAACAGUUUAACCGAUGAAAUUCAUGAGAUGAUUGUAAGAUGCGCUAUUGAAUGUAUUUUUCGAAGCAAUCUUUUUCUGGACAUAUUUAUCACAUACCAAUGA